GCCGCGCAACAGGAAAUAACUGCGGGCUGCCAAAGGCCGCCCGGAGCGCAAGGGAAGGCGGGGGUCCAGCCUCGCACCCGCCGGGUUAGGUCCUGAGUUCCCGGCUGCGCCGGGGUCGCGGACCUCAGCUUCCUCCCGCCCGCCCCGAGUCCCUCGCCGCAAUCCGGGUACCGCCGGCGACGCGGGUCGGCCCCUUCCGGCAGUCUCCGGCGCGCGGCCUGGCCAUGCAGCUUCUGCAGCUACUGCUGCCGCGGGGGCUGCGGCUCGCGGGGCUCGGCGCGUCCUCCGGCCUGGCAGCCGCGGCCCGAGGAGUCCCCGCCGCCCGCCGCGGCCGCCCGCCCCCGCUCAGCCCCUGCGCGCCGCCCGCCAGCGCCCGGCCCCGCCCCGGCCUCCGCCUAACUCUGGGCCCUGGGCCGCAGCGCCCGGCCGCCGCCGCCGUCACCACCGCCGCCGCAGCCCGCCCUGACGCGCCGCCUCCUCGCGCCGCGACCAUGGAGCACCCCGGAGAGGGAGGACUGAAUCCCAGUGAGUGUGAAAAUAUGACAAGAAAUGAAAUGUCAGAAGAACUUGAAAUGGAUACAGUGGAUUCUUUGAUAGACAUGCCAUUUGCUACUGUAGAUAUUAAAGAUGCUUGUGGAAUCACUGAUGCACCUCAAAUAAAGUUGAAGAGAAAUAAAGAAAAUGAAUGUAUCAAGAGUGAUCAAAUGAAGAAGAGGAAAAAAAAGCAGAAAGAUUAUCAACCCAACUAUUUCCUAUCCAUUCCCAUCACCAACAAAGAGAUAACAAAAGGGAUUAAGAUUCUGCAAAAUGAGAUAAUACAGCAAGAUAAGCGAUUGGCCAAAGCCAUGGUCAGUGAUGGUUCUUUUCACGUUACCCUAUUAGUGAUGCAAUUAUUAAAUGAAGAUGAAAUAAACAUUGGUAUUGAUGCUCUCUUGGAAUUAAAACCACUCAUAGAAGAAAUCCUCCAAGGAAAACAUUUGACUUUGACUUUUCAAGGGAUUGGAAGUUUUGGUGACCGGGUUGGAUUUGUGAAGCUGGCAGAAGGAGAUCACAUAAAUCUACUUUUAGAGAUAGCAGAGACUGCGAAAAGGACGUUUCAAGAAAAAGGUGUCAUGGUAGGAGAAAGCCAAAGCUUUAAGCCUCACUUGACCUUUAUGAAAUUGUCAAAGUCACCAUGGCUCCAUAAGAAUGGAGUGAAAAAAAUAGAACCUGAAUUGUAUGAAAAAUUUAUCAGUCAUAGAUUUGGAGAAGAAAUGUUAUAUCGUAUAGAUCUUUGCUCCAUGCUGAAGAAAAAACAGAGCAAUGGCUAUUAUCACUGUGAGUCUUCAAUUAUGAUUGGCAAGAAACCAAUUGAAAUCCAAGACUUAAUUAACGAAGCUUUGCAUCGAGAAAGAAUGAAAUUGAAGUCCAAAGUGAAACAGAUAAAGGAACUUUUAUUAAAGCCGGAGACUCAGGCUAAAAUUAGGAGGGAGCUUUUUGAAGAAAGACUUAUUCACAAUAAUCAAGGAAAUGAUGUUGAUUUCAGUAUGACUUUGACGUAAGCACUACGUGAUAAAAUAGUUUAUGAUAUAUUUUCAGAUUACUAAAUAGCUCUUUGGUGAAUGCCAAAGAACUGUUCUGGUAGUGUUUGCACAACAGCAAACCAAUACUUGGUAAGGAAUUAACAAUUUCUUGCCAAAUAAUACUGACUUUGUGCCCCCCCCCCCUUUUAGCUAAACUUGUGUCUUAAAAUGUUUUUUUUCUGUAAUGUUAUUUCAUAGAGAUUACUUCUUAAUUAGCUGUUGUGAGAUGUUCCUCGGGUCCUUGCAGGUAUAAACAGACUGUGAAAAAUUAUUUACAGACUAACAACAACAAUACAACUCAAACCCAACACUAUUUUAGGGUCCCCUGCCCUCUCUUAAUCUGAUUGCUGUUGUUAAAUCAAGAUAAGCAUUGUCUCCAUGUUUAUAUAUCUAGUGUAACUUUUAAGGAGAAUUUGAAUGUUUAUUGAACAUUAGUACUUGAAAGAAGAUUUAUAAAUGUAAUAAUUGCAAUUACUGAUUAAGUGAUAUAUGGAUAUAUGGAUAUAUAAUAUCCAUAUGUGUUAUUUUUCACUGAUCAAAAUGAAGUUUGCUUUUUCAUUUCUUCAUGAAUGAAUGUUUUGGACUUUUUUUUAUACUUUUUUGAGGUUAAGGCCCAGGUCUUACCAUAUCCCUGGUAAUCCAAAUUUGUUUGCACUGAUUCAUUUUUAAAGAGCGUUCUUGAAAAAUGUUCUAUAAUGGUGGUUAUUGGUAAUGGCUUUUUCAAGUCAUUGUGAAAUUGCUGCUACUAAUAAAUCAUGACAGAAGGGGAAAUGACUGGACAUCAAAUAUGUAAUCAUUUCAAAUAUAGACUCCACUUUGCUCAUGGAUUUUUAGCUAUUUUUUCACAGGGUAUAUUAUACUGCAUUUAUUUAUAAAUGAGUUUAUGCAUUUUCAUGUCUCUUAAUAAAUGCAUUGUUUUCCCUU